UUUUUUUCUGUCCGUGUGAGAUUUCUUGAGUGUGUAGCAUCAUUAUGCCGGCUGUGCAUUGUGUUUAGCCACAAAAGAAGCGUUCCAAUCGGUAGUGUGAUUUUUUUUAAUAUUAUAAGACAAAUCUUCUAUAAAAACAGUUAUCAAGGUUUCAACGCCAUGUCAAGCAAACGAAAAUCAGAACCAGUAAAAAAAAAUGUUAAACGCAAUAAAAAAAAAGUUGACGAAGACUACAGUUCGGAUUUUAGUGAUGAUGAUUUUAAGGGAGAAAAACCGGUGGCUGAAGUAAUAAUUCCCAACGACGACUUCGAAAACCACGAACAGUUACCGGAUGACCUAUUAAAAACAUAUGACAAAGGCAAUGGUAAACUUCUUAUAGCAGGUAUGGUUACAUGGGAAAUGGUUGGCCGAAAAUCAGGCACAGCCAAUGUAUCUACUAAGAUUAGACCAAAUCUUUGGACUUUUCAUCGUUUUACUUCUGAUACGUAUCGAGCGGUUUUUAGUGGUUGCAGUUCAGCUCAUUCUAUUUUGUUAACAAUGGAUAGAAAAGCGCUUGCUUUUGGUCGUAACCAGUUUGGUCAGUUGGGCCAACCUGAACUGAAAACAUUGGAAAUCCCUACUCUUGUGUCAGGAUUAGAAAAUCUCAACAUAAUACAAGCUGCUUGUGGGCGUAAUCAUACAUUAUUUUUAACCGAUACUGGUGUAGUUUAUGCAUGCGGAGAUAAUAAAAGUGGACAGUGCGGUGUUGGAAACACACAAGCAACCAUAACAAAACCGAGGCGAUUGAAUUAUGCUGGUCCUCCUAUAAUAAAAGUGGCAUGUGGAGCUGAAUUUUCGAUGAUACUUGACAUCAAGGGAAAUUUAUAUUCAUUUGGACUGCCAGAAUACGGUCAACUAGGACACAAUACCGAAGGAAAAUAUUUUGUAACGUCAACAAAAAUGUCGUUCCAUUUUGAAACGUCGCCCAAAAAAAUUGUUUUGUAUGUUGAAAAAGCCAAGGAUGGUCAUGUUACACCACUGGAAGACGUUAAAAUUGUUGAUUUAUCUUGUGGAAAUAACCAUACGGUUGCAAUCGACUCAAAGAAUAGAGCAUUUAGCUGGGGUUUUGGAGGAAUCGGGCGUCUUGGACACGCUGAGCAAAAAGAUGAGAUGGUGCCAAGGCUCAUCAAAUUUUUCGAUAUACAAAAUCGAAAAGUACUCCGCGUUUUUUGCGGAUAUUCUUACAGUUUGGCCGUUACUGACAUUGGAGCUCUCUACAUGUUCGGACAAAACAAAAAAACAGGUGAGGCGAAUAUGUAUCCCAAGCCUGUUCAAGAUCUUGCCGGCUGGAAUAUAACAAGUAUUGGGACUAGUAAUACAUCAAUAGUAAUUGCUGCAGACGACUCACUCAUCGCUUGGGGAGCAUCGCCAACGUAUGGUGAAUUGGGUCUUGGUGAUUUACAAAAGUCAACAUCUACCCCCAAAACUAUUGCUCGAUGUGAAGGCAUGAAAAUAAUGCAAAUUUCUAUGGGCAUUUCACAUACAUUAUUACUUGUCAAUGCAGAACAUGAAAUAACAAAACAAAAAUAUGAAUCAUUCCCGCAAUUUACAGCAGAUUAAAAACCAAUUGUGUCAAUAUUUUUAAAAUAAUUUGAAUCUGAAAUAAAUAAAACAUUGUCAUUUUCUUUUUUAAUGAAA